AAAAAAAAAAAAAAAAAAAAACUGGGUACCAUUCCCUUGAGACAGUAAGAAUAAAGAAUAAGCGAAGCAUCCAUCUUUUACUAUUCCAAAUUCAACGUGAUCGUGAGCCAUGCUGGGUUAAAACCCAGUUUGAGGAUCAUCGAGCCAUUCGUGGCAUCCAAUCAUGGCUACGGCUACUACUGCUCCAAGGUAUUGGUGGAACUGGAGGUUCUUGACCGGUGCAAUAUUUAUAUUGUCUAGUAUAGUUAUGGCUGCAGUUCUUAUAAGGAAAUAUGAAGGCUGUAAAAAAUCCAGGAGGGAAAGAAGAAAAAAUCAGCGUGAAACAGUAGGAUCUUUAUAUGAGGAUGAAGCCUGGAGGACAUCUUUCAAAGUAAUUCAUCCCGCUUGGCUUCUUGCGUACAGAAUAGCUGCUUUCGUUGUGCUUCUGGCCUUGAUAAUUACCAAUUUUAUUCUUGAUGGAGCUGUCAUAGUUUUCUUCUAUACUCAGUGGACAUUUUGUUUGGUCACAAUCUAUUUUGCGAUUGGAAUUUCACUCUCCAUUUAUGGAUGCUACAAAUACCGAAAUAGAGUUGGCGAUGAUGCAGCUGAUUAUGUGAGAGAUGAAGAGGAAGGUACAUAUAUUGCUCCAACACUCGGCGAAAAUGAAGAUACAUUCAACACGUCUAAAAGUUUUACUGAUGAAGAAUGUCCCUCCCGCAAAGCCGCAGGAGUAUAUGUUUAUAUCUUUCAAGUCAUUUAUCAGAUGUGUGGGGGUGCUGUGGUGCUCACUGAUGUUGUAUUUUGGUCCCUUCUGUAUCCAAAUCUAGAUAGCGAAUAUGACGAACUGGACUUUAUUAUGGCCAGUAUGCACUCAUUCAAUCUUGGUCUCCUCCUUGGUGAUACAAUUUUGAAUGGCAUGCGGUUUCCAAUGUUUCGAAUCUCAUAUUUUGUGCUAUGGACGGGAUUAUUCGUGAUUUUCCAGUGGAUAAUCCACGGUUGUAUAGACAUGUGGUGGCCUUAUCCAUUUCUCGACUUGUCAUCCAAUUAUGCACCCUUAUGGUAUCUUGGGGUCGGAGUGGCGCAUAUCCCAUGCUACGGCGCCUAUGCUUUAAUUAUUAGGAUGAAGCAGUUUUGGUUCUCAAGAUCAUUCCCGAAGUCUUUUCAGGGGGAGAGAUGACACUGCCUUCAUCGAAUCACAAGACUUCAUACUGUGCCACCAACCCGACAUAACCAGUAGAUAUUAAGGAACCAUUAGGGAUAUCAUUUUCGGGCCUAGGCGUAGGAGAAUGAUGAACUGUACAUGACCAUUCUUUGGAGGAGGAGGCUAUAGCAUCCCCAGUUACAGAUCAGUAUUCUUCGAAACAGGACCAUGUAUUUUUU